CCGGCCUAGGAUUGUGCCACCUGGCCACCGACCUUCUGUGCAUGGCCUCUGAUCCCUCCUGGACGUCGGUGCUUCGGGUGUCUUCCUCAGAUUCUAGUAUCUUAGGCCGGGCGGCCCGGGGGUGGCCAGGCGGCCUGGUCCCGGGGCCUCUCAGUCCUCCGUUUCACCGACGUUGCACAUCAACGCUCCACAUUGCCUCUGUACUGGGAGUCUUCCUCAUUUGAUUCUCUUGGCACUGGCAGGUGGGCUUUUGGGUUGAUCCUUGUGCCUUCCGAGUCCACCGACAGGAUAUGAAAUGUUUGCCUUGUUCUGGAAUCUUAUGAACAUGUCACAUUGCUCCAGUGAAAUUAUUGGACCCAUGUAUGUGGAGGUGUCAGGUCGGUCGACACUGAAUGUGGCGAGCGGUUGGGAUUUUCUCUGAUUUCGACCAUCUUUGGACAUUGGAUUCCUGCAAACACAACUCAUCCAAAACUUGUGGAACUUGUUAGAAUCAAAUAAAAUAUGCAUGGAACAUAGUGCAAAACUCAAUUUAUUCCCGAGAAGUUGACGGUCAAAACGUGAGAUAAUGGCUGUCAACAAUGGCAUAUCUGGUUUGCUUAGAGACCUGGCUGCUGGUUUAGAUGAUAGAGGGGAUUUUGAUGAUGACAGUUCUAUCCUAGAACCUUGUGCUGAAGUACUUGCCAUACAUAAGUUGGUAGCAGAGAAUAGCAAAGAGUUGUACCCUAACUGUAAGAAAUAUACACAGCUGCGUUUUCUUGUUAGAUUGCUUCACCUCAAACUCCUUGGAGGAUGGACUGAUAGAUCUUUUAACCUGCUACUAGAUCUACUUAAUGAUGCUCUCCAUGAGGGUUAAGCACUACCUAGAAAUUUUCAUGAAGCUAAGAAAUUAGUGAAAUCCAUAGGGAUUGGGUACCAAAGUAUUCAUGCAUGUGACAAUGAUUGCAUGCUCUAUUGGAAGAAUGAUGCAAAAUUAGAUUCGUGCCCAAAAUGCAAGGCUUCACGGUAAAUCAAUACGAAAGAGUCUUGAUGGAAAACACACAUAUAAGAUUCCUAGGAAGGUUCUCCGCUACUUUCCAAUUAAGAAAUGUCUCCAAAGGUUAUUUCUAUCCUCUAAAAUAGCAAGUCUAACUAGAUGGCAUGAUGAAAGCCAAAAAGAAGAUGGUCUUCUAAGGCAUCCUGCAGAUUCACCACUAAGGAAGGACUUUGAUGAGAAACAUAAAGAGUUUGCUAAUGAUAGUCGGAAUAUCCAUUUAGCAUUCACCACUGAUGGUUUUAAUCCAUUUAGAACCAUGAAUAUUAGCUAUAGCGUGUGGCCUGGCAUUUGUAUUCCCUACAAUUUUCCACCUUCAAUGUGCAUGAAGCAAUCUAAUUUCAUCCUUUCUUUGUUGAUUCCUGGUAAAUAUGGUCCUAGUAGUGAUAUGGAUGUCUAUUAUCAACCACUUAUUUAUGAUUUGCUGGAUAUGUUUGAGAAUGGAGUUAGAACCUAUGAUGCUUCAAAGGGUGAGUACUUCCAGUUGCGGGCAGUAGUAUUAUGGACUAUUACUCAUUUCCCAGGUUUGGUAAAUGCAUCCGGGUUUGUCAUAGCUGGUAAAGCAGGAUGUCCUGAUUGUCACUACUAUACAUGUUCAAUUCAACUUGGUAAUGGUAGCAAGACUUGCUAUAUGGGUCAUCAUAGGUUCUUGCAUGAAAAGCACCCAUUUAGGUUUGAUGCUGAUAAGUUUGGUGAUACUGAGUUUAGGCCAGCACCUAUUCCACUUAUUGGAGAGGAAAUAUUGGAUUGCACUAAAGAUCUUAAUACAAUUUUCGGUAAGGAUCCAUUCAGAAAGAAACUAGCAAGCAAGAGACGCAAAGAAGGGGAUCCAGUAGUUGUUAUCAAAAGGAGAUCCAUUUGGUUCAUACUUCCCUAUUGGAAAGAUUUAAUGUUGCGUCAUAAUUUUGACUUCAUGCAUAUAGGGAAAAAUGUGAGUGAAAACUUUGUUAAUACAUUCUUGGGCACUGUUAGUAAAUCCAAAUAUAAUUUGAAUUCCCGGUUGGACAUUCAAGCCCUAGGGAUUAGAAGUGAUCUUCACCCUGUUGAAGUUGAAGAACAACUUUAUUUACCACCUGCACCAUACACAAUGAGUCCUGAUGAGAGGAAAUUAUUUUGUCAAGUGCUGAAAGGGGUGAAAUUUCCUGAUGGUUAUGCAUCUGACAUACGGCAUAAUGUACAUGUUAAUGAGAGAAAGAUAUUUGGGCUUAAUAGUCAUGAGAGCCACAUUAUUCUACAACACUUGUUGCCACUUGCUGUAAGAAAAAUUUUGCCUGAAAUUGUUAGUGCUGGUGUGAUUCGUAUAAGCAACUUUUUCAAGAAACUUAGCUCACUUGUCAUUCGAAUAAGUGAUAUGGAAAGCCUCCAAGCUGAUAUAGCUGAAACCUUGAGCCUUCUUGAGACUAUAUUUCUACCAUCUUUUUUUUAUAUCAUGGUACACUUGAUGGUACAUCUUCCUUCCCAAGCAAGAAUAGCAGGUCCAGUCCAUUUUCGCAGCAUGUGGCCUGUAGAGAGGUAUCUAAUUAGAUUGAAGGGUUCUGUCCAUACAAAAAGUCACCCUGAGGGAUCAAUUAUGGACAAACAUGCACAAUAUCUAUCCUCUAUUGGCCUUAUCGCAUUCAUCAUGAAUCCUUUCAUGAGUGGUUUAGGUUGCAUGAAAAAAAUGGCAAGAACAAGAGGAAGCAAUGAGGGUGCACUUGCUUAUGAGCAGCAGCGGCUUGCAAAGAUUGCAAGCAAUAAAAGGGUGCUGGAUUCUCAAGUCAACCCUAAAGAAGCAGUACUUUGAUAAAAACAUUACAAAUGCACAAUCGAAGGCAAUGCAUGCUGGUAGAGUUAAUGAUGAUGAUUGGAAAUUUCUCUCAAGCUAUUGGAGGUCACCUGAUUGUGGGGGGUGCUCAAUUAGGGCGUCCUUCUAGAAGGAAUGAAGUCUUUAUUAAAACACAUACAAUAAAGGAUGGAGUUCCAGCAAGGAAUGCAGAACCAAUUAUUA